AUGCUAUGGAAUAUAUUGACAGAGCUCGUGGGCAAAACUGUAGGGAGAGCAGAUACCAACAGUCCCCAGUCUAUGACAAUAUGGUUCGACCUUCUUCAGAUAUUUGGCAAUUAUUUGAUAUUGAAAAAGCACAUAAAAAAUCCAAGGCUGUGUGAUAAAAUUCAGAAACUGGUUGCUAUUCAUUCUAAUUUGGUUAUAAACGAAAAACAGACAUUCAUUAACGAUGCUAGACCAGUUCCACUUUUAGAAAACACUGGCAAAGAUUAUGCUGUUUUGUCCGUCCAUGAAGACGAAGCGGAGAUCGAUUCUGAAUCAGAUGCUUGGCCUGAAGAUUCAAACUCAGACUCAGAUGAAAAUAUACCUCUGAGCGAUAUCGUUAAAUAA